UUCACGGGCUGUGAGGCAAGUCACCGUAGCGCUGGCUCGUCGAGCACAAGACUUCAUACGAUGGCCUGACGCUGCGGAGGGGGCAGCCUUGCAGCACAAGUUCUACGACAUGGCCGGCUUUCCUUUGGUCGUGGGUGCUGUUGACGGUACCCAUGUCCGGAUCCAGGCACCCCAUGUGCACGAGGAGGCGUACGUCAACCGCCAUGGAUACCAUUCCAUCAACGUACAGGUGGUCGUUGACGCCUCUUCUCGGAUUCGCAACGUGGUUGCAAGGUGGCCUGGAAGCACCCACGACUCUCGGAUCUUCACGGAGAGCACCUUGGCAGUCAAGCUGGCCAGUGGAGAGUACGACGGCCUGCUGCUUGGUGACAGCGGCUACUCCUGUCAACCAUGGCUGAUGACGCCAUUCCUGUCGCCGUCAUCAGCAGCCGAGGUCGCAUACAAUACGGCACACACGACGACAAGAAGCAUUGUUGAACGGACAAUCGGCCAACUCAAGCGGAGGUUCCAUUGCCUUCACGCUGAGCUCCGAAUGGCUCCAGAACGGUGCUGCGACAUCAUUGUCGCGUGCUGUGCCCUCCACAACCUGGCCAAGAGGUACCCCUGCAGGACACCCGUGGCCGCCAUCCCCGCUGAGGUUCCCGUUGAGCCCGUAGCAGCCAACCGUGCUGAGAGCAACGAGGCCCGAGACUUUAUUGUCAACCAUUUCUUCGGCUAAGUAUCCUGCUGUCGCUCGGCCCUUCUCUGGUACUGCUGUGCAGCCUCACGGGUCCAGCGCUGGUUGUGCUGCACAACAGGAGAGGCCAGUGUUCUCUGUGCUGCGUCGUCUUCAACUGUACUGCUGCCAGAUGACGAGGGUGGCGGCGUCGUCACCCUUCCCGUGCAGCUGCUGUAGUGACACGCAUGACCAGGAAAUUGUUUGAGGUUAAAGGGAUACUACAACAAAAUUUCGGGUUUCAUUUUUUGGUCUAUAUGUGUUCGAAGGAGCAGUAUCA